AUGAUCAGAGAAUGGGAGAAUGGCUGCCAGAAGAUUGGAGAACAGAGGGCUAAAGAUCCAAGGGCCCAAGAAAAGAAGUCUGCAGAGUGGAAGUCAAAUAAGAAUGGAAUGCCAGUCAGAAUAUUCAACACAAGCAAUUCCUUUCAGGAUAAAGACUCCCAGUGCUGCCAAGGGGAUCGAUGUUCCACUUCACCUUUGGGGAUAUGGACCAAUGCCUACCGAUCAGACCCGCGCAUUGCCCUUGGGAAAUACUCGCCCUUGGAGAAAGAGAUCCUACGUCUAGGUGGCGUUCACACUGUAGCAUCAAGAAGGUUUCUGACUUAUAAGCAAGAAGAAGAACAGAAGAUGCUCAAGGAACUACAGUUUCUGUCUUCAGACUACAAACGGGCAAUGGAAUAUAAGAAACAACAUUCCCCAUCUUGUGCCAUCUGUGGGCCCCUAGAAAACACAUGGACGGCCAAGGUGAUAAUACCCCCAGAGGAGUUUAAAAUGCCACGUCGAGAGAGGCUCAACAUCAGUGAACACAUAGCACGAAUGCAGUUUGCUCGAGCCCUGAGAAAUAAUCAGUUUUUACCUUACACUGAAAGGUAUAGGAGCUCUUCAUCUCUGUCCGGCAGGGGCCUGGGCCCAAUGGCAGGACACAAAGCCGGGAAAAAGGAAGAUGACAACAAUUACUGUGAUGAUGCCACGCAAGACAAGAGAGAAAAGGCAGAGAACAAAACCACAAAAAGACAAGAAAUAAAAAUGAAUGUAAUUUUCAAGUCAGAAGAACCAAAAAAAUGUUUAACAUACCAUCCCAAUGAUCUGAAACCAUUCUUCCCCACAAAGAAAGUGGACCGGUCCAUCACUGGCUUAACCAACCGAAAUCUUUUCCAGUUAGCAGAAUUCCCUGAAGACCUAAUGCUAAUGAACCAGAAUUCUAUAUCACGAGGCAUCCACCCCAGUGAUCUGACGAAGGCCAGCUGUCUGGAAGAACAGAGUGUCUGGAAAGAGUACAUGGGAAAACCCCUUUCUCACCAUUAUUAA